GGGUUUUUUUGGUUUUGUUUUUUUAAGUACAGCUGUCUAAAAACUGGAUGACAAAUGUGGGCGAGGCCCAGUGGGGCAGGACCACAAAUAGGGGCAGGAGGCAUUUGUCUGCUCAAGUCUCCUGGUGGCGUUUUUGUGUGCGAGACCCAGAAGGAGGAAGGACAACCUGUGGGAAGCAUGCUUUGCUCUGGGAUACUCUUGGUGAUGGGAAUCGGCAUCACAGCUGCAAUAGUGUCAGUAGGAUAUACACCUCGCCUCACUUCCAAGGACCUGGCUGGGAAGAGAACUUCCUCCACCUUCACUCUGGAACAACCCCGCUGCGUCUUCAACAAGUUUGUCAAUGCCACCGAUGAGAUAUGGCUGGUGGUCGCCCGCAGCAGCGCAGCAGAAACCUGCCCCAUCCCCAGAUCCCCUGACGAGCUGCCCUAUCAGUCGUUCGAGAACAAUUCCUGUUACAUGACUCUGGGCACUGCCGCAGCAAACUACCCCUGCCCAGCGGAAGGAAGCAGCGAUCUCACUGUCCUGCGGGUCGGGAAUGAAGUCGACUGCAAGACAGAUCCCACCAGGACAGAUUGCAACGGCCCCCUGCCUGACCCAGGGCCCUACAAAGUGAAGUUUCUGGCCAUUAAUUCAGGAGGCCUCGCAGCACAGUCGAGAUGGUCGGAUCCCAUCCCGCUGAUCCAAGGGAAGGAUCCCGAGACGAUUGACACUUCCCCCGGGCGACGGAGCGCAGGAAUGAUUGCCAUCACCACUAUCCUCUCCAUCCUCUCUGCCAUCCUGCUGGCUGCCUUAAUCGCUGCCUUGGUCUAUAAAUAG